AUGCUCUUCGGUGCUACCCCCCUCAAGAAGUUCCCGGCGCCCGUUCGCCUCAUCAUCGCCUACGGCAUCAACUCUGCCCAGAACGCCAUGAUGGCUUAUCCACUUAAUGAGGCGCUCUUCAACUCAACAACCGCACCACAUGCGAUCUUUCAGAUUGUUCAGGCACCCGGCUUUACGACGUCCGACGCCUCCAGCUCAACCCCGCCGACAUCCCCGGCUACCAGCCGCCGGCGGACGACGCCGAGGACACGCCGGCGCCGGACUCCUGGGCCUGGUUCCGCCCGCCGCGACAAUCUGUCCGACGCCGACAGGCAGUCUUACAUUGGUCUCGACGAGGGCAUGGCGGCCAUAGCCUCGACCCUGCGCUCGUCCGGCCCCGUCGACGCCGUCCUCGGCUUCAGCCAGGGCGGCGCCGUCGCCGCUCUCGUCGCCGCCGCCCUGGAGACGCCGCAUCGUGACGUCCACGCCGAGCAGGCCGCCUGGGUGGCGGCCCUGCGCGAGGCCAACGAGGGCCGCGGCCUGCGGUUCGCGGCCGUCUACUCGGGCUUCUUCGCCGUGGACGAAUCGCUGGCCUGGUGCUUUGAGCCCAAGAUCCAGACGCCGACCAUCCAGUUCAUCGGCAGCCUCGACACGGUCGUCGACGAGGGCCGCAGCCGGGCGCUGGUCGACCGCUGCGAGGAGGCGGCGGUCGUGGUCCACCCAGGCGGCCACUAUGUGCCCAUCUCGAAGGAGUGGGCCAUGGCGCUGGCGGGGUACGUCAAGCACCAUGCGCAGGAUCCAGAGGCCGCCAAGAUGUAG